AUGGUCGAGUGGUUCCACCGCCAGCUGAAGACCUCUCAACGUGCCGCAGAAGAUCCGGAGAACUGGACGGACCACCUUCCCCUGGUCCUAUUGGGCAUUCACUCCUCCCUGAAGUCGGACCUUGACUGUUUCGCUGCUCAACUAGUUUUCGGUGCUACCGUCCGAUUUCUCGGCCAGAUAAUCUCGCCAACCCCGUGAGUUGCAGUCGCGGAUCCUACCAUCCUCCUGCACCGUCUCCGGAAAUUCAUGAAGACACUUUCCCCGGUUCCACCCAGGUCGCCUGUCUCCGAGUCAUACGCCGAGAAAGACUUGACGACAUGUUCUCACGUCUAUCUCCGAUGCGAUCGAGCCCGCCGGCCACUGGAACCACCCUACGACGGCCCUUUCCGAGUUAUUUCUCGUGGGAUGAAGAACAUCCGCAUCCAACGCGGAACUCGCGAGGAGAUCGUGGGUGUGAACUGUCUUAAAGCUACCGUCCCGGACACUCCUCCGGAUGAGCCCUGUGGUCUCCUACCCCCUGCUACACUUUUUGACCCUCUAUCCCUCCGUCCCGUACACUUCCUUUGCUCCCAUGUCCGCGACCCCUAG